AUGAGCGGCAGCAGCGCCAGGUCCAGCCACCUGUCUCAGCCGGUCGUGAAGAGCGUGCUGGUGUACCGCAACGGGGACCCCUUCUUCGCGGGCCGCCGCGUCGUCUUCCACGAGAAGAAGGUGUCCAGCUUCGACGUCUUCCUCAAGGAGGUGACGGGAGGCGUUCAGGCGCCCUUCGGGGCGGUCAGGAACAUCUACACCCCGCGCACCGGGCACCGCAUCCGGAAGCUCGACCAGAUCCAGAGCGGGGGCAACUACGUGGCCGGGGGCCAGGAAGCCUUCAAGAAACUCAAUUACUUGGACAUAGGAGAAAUCAAGAAAAGACCAAUGGAAGUUGUGAAUGCAGAGGUAAAACCAGUAACCCACAGCAGGAUCAAUGUGUCAGCUCGCUUUAGGAAACCGCUUCUGGAACCCUGCAGUAUCUUCUUGAUUGCAAAUGGAGACCUCAUAAACCCAGCUUCUCGACUCCUCAUCCCUAGAAGAGCCUUGAAUCAGUGGGAUCACGUACUACAAAUGGUCACGGAAAAAAUAACUCUGAGGAGUGGGGCUGUCCACAGACUUUAUACUUUAGAAGGAAAACUGGUUGAGAGCGGGUCAGAGCUGGAGAAUGGGCAGUUUUAUGUGGCUGUCGGCAGAGAUAAGUUUAAGAAAUUGCCUUACAGUGAAUUACUUUUUGACAAGUCAACGAUGAGACGGUCUUUCGGUCAGAAAGCCUCUUCACUACCUCCUAUUGUAGGAUCCAGAAAGUCUAAAGGGAGUGGAAAUGACCGCCAAUCUAAGUCAACAGUCGGAUCCAGUGACAACUCAUCUCCUCAGCCCCCAAAGAGGAAAGGGAAAAAAGAAGAUGCGAAUUCCGAAAAACCCGCGAAAGGGAAACAAAAUGACAAGUUAAAGAAUUCACCGCAGACAAUUCCAAACAGUGAUGAAGGCGUUUUCAAAGCUGGAGAGGAGAGAUCGGAAACGCGGGGGGCAGCAGAAGUCCAAGAAGAUGAAGAUACUCAAGUUGAGAUUCCAGUUGACCAGAGGCCAGCAGAAAUAGUAGAUGAGGAAGAAGAUAGAGAGAAAGAAAACAAGGAGGCAGAACAGAAGGAAGACUUUUCGGGAGUGAAUGGUGACAUGGAAGAGGAAGGAAGCGGGGAGGCUGCUGAGGCUGCAGAGCAAGCAGAGGAGGAGAUCCCGGACCACAGGGAGGAGCAGGUGGGUCCUGCUCGCGCAAACGGAGGCACCGACGAAGAAAACGGCGAGGAACUGGACCUGGUGAAUGAUGAGCUUCAGGAAGCAGCGGAUGAGGAAAUAAAAUCUGAAGGAGCUGGCAGUGGACAUGAAGAGGCUGACUCGGACCCUCAAAGACCACCAAAGCCGGAAGUAAAAAUCACUAGUCCACAAAAUAACGACGAACAAAACAAGGAUAAUCUGUCAUAGCAUGGAUGAUUUUUAAAAAGAGAGUAUAUUGAGUAUAAGAAAAAUGAAGGCUUAUGAUACUUGAAUAAUAAGUAUAUAGUUAUUGCUAAACAUAAUGUGAUAAUAUGGUUGAAUACUACCUACUGAAAUUCAAAAUUAGAGGCCUAAUGGGAAAGACUAGAUAAGUUUGAAUAGCUACUAAAAGAGAGUGACUUCUUUUUAUGAGAUGUGUUUUAAAAAGUCAUUUAGAAAAAUUAAGUAAGAGUAAUAGAGGGGAAUUUGCACUGGAAGAUAAUUGGCCACUUGUCUUUGUAAAGAUGAAAAA